AUGAAGGGUCUCUUCGCUAUUCUUGCCACGGCUUCGGUCGUCUCUGCCCACGCCACCUGGCAGGAGCUCUGGGUUGGUACUGAGGACAAGGAGGGAACUUGCAUCCGCCUUCCUCAGAGCAACAGCCCCGUCACCGAUGUCACCUCCAACGACAUCCGCUGCAACGCCAGCCCCAGCGCUGCCUCGACCACUUGCUCCGUUGCCGCCGGCGGUUCACUGACGGUUGAGAUGCACCAGCAGCCCAACGACCGCAGCUGCGACAACGAGGCCAUCGGUGGCAACCACUUCGGCCCAGUCAUGAUCUACAUGUCCAAGGUCGACGACGCCGCCACUGCCGAUGGCUCUGGCGACUGGUUCAAGGUCGCUCAGGACACCUACAACGGCACUGAGGCUAGCUGGGGUACCGAGAUCCUCAACGCCAACUGCGGCAAGCGCGCCUUCACCGUCCCCAAGUCUCUCCCGUCGGGCGACUACCUCGUCCGCGCCGAGGCGCUGGCCCUGCACAGCGCAGGUAGCGAGGGCGGUGCUCAGUUCUACAUGAGCUGCUACCAGGUCACCGUCACCGGCGGCGGCAGCGCCACCCCGUCCCCGACCGUCAAGUUCCCUGGCGCCUACAGCGCCGACGAUGCUGGUAUCCUCAUCAACAUCUACCAGACCCCGCUGACGUACGAGGCCCCUGGCCCGGCUGUCUGGAGCGGUAACUAA